AUGACGACGAAGAAAAAAAGUAAGAUAAACAGGAAAUUAAAAAACAUUGAUAAUAAAAAUAAAAAGAUAAAUAAAAAUAAAAAUGUAGACGAAAUUGAAAAGGAUGCUAUAAAAAAAACAAACGUAAUAUUAAUUAAAAAAAAAGGAAUGACUACAGAAAUCAAAACUCUUUGCCGAGACAUAACAGAAAUGUUUAAUCCUUAUUGUAUAGUAUUUUAUAUUAACAAAUUAAAAAAUGUAAAUGAAUUAAAUAAUAAAUUAAAAGAAUUGAGUUAUAAAUUUUCAAUUUCUACUUAUAUACAAAAUCUUAAAUUAUUUUAUAAAAUUACCAGUAAUUAUACAAAAUUAGCAUUAACAUUUAUAAUUCAAAGCUAUACAACAUCAGGUAUAGUUAAAUCGGUUUAUUCAAAAAAUUUAAGUUUUGAUUAUAAAAGAUUAAGGCCUUUACUUAUUUUAAAAAAUUUUAAUAAUACCCAAAAUCCAGAAAUGGCAAAUUAUUUAAUUAUAGUACAAAAUAUUUUAAAAAGUUUAUAUCCAAGUGUAAGUUUAACUAAUGAUUUUACACAUAAACCACGAAGAGUUUUAUUAUAUUGCUAUAAUUCUAGUGACAAUAGUAUAAAUUUUAGACAAUAUACAACAAAUUUUAAAAGUAGUACAUUUGAAAAAAUUAUAGGAGAAGCUUAUAAAAUUAAAGACUCAAACGAAAAUGUCGAUAUAUAUAAAUAUAUUUCGAAUAGACUUAUUAAUGAUAAUAAUACUAAUGAGGAUAAAGACAAUGAACAUAAUUUGGUAGAAAUCGGACCACGUAUUAACUUUGCUAUUUUUAAAAUCACAGAUCAGGACAAAGUAAUAUAUUCAAUGUCGAAGAGUAAAUGA